AUGUCUGCUCCAGCUCCAGCUCCAGCUCAGGGUGACCAAAGAAGAGGCGGUUUCGGUGGCCGUAACAAGGGCCGUCAACAAAGAAGAGGUAGAAGAGACCAGGAGGAGAAGGGAUGGACUCCAGUUACCAAGUUGGGUAGACUGGUGAAGGCCGGUAAGAUCACCUCCGUCGAGGAGAUCUUCUUGCACUCCCUGCCAGUCAAGGAGUUCCAGAUCGUCGACACUUUGUUGCCAACUUUGAAGGACGAGGUCAUGAACAUCAAGCCUGUCCAGAAGCAGACCAGAGCUGGUCAAAGAACCAGAUUCAAGGCUGUUGUCGUCGUCGGUGACUCUAACGGCCACGUCGGUCUAGGUAUUAAGACUGCCAAGGAAGUCGCUGGUGCCAUCAGAGCCGGUAUCAUCAUUGCCAAGCUUUCUGUCAUCCCAAUCAGAAGAGGUUACUGGGGUAACAACUUGGGUCAACCCCACUCUUUGGCCACCAAGACCUCUGGUAAGUGUGGUUCCGUCACCGUCAGAUUGAUCCCAGCCCCAAGAGGUAAGGGUAUCGUCGCCUCCCCAGCCGUCAAGAAGUUGUUGGAGUUGGCCGGUGUUGAGGAUGUCUACACCUCUUCCAACGGCUCCACCAGAACUUUGGAGAACACCUUGAAGGCCACCUUCGUUGCCAUCGGUAACACCUACGGUUUCUUGACUCCAAACCUGUGGGCCGCUCAGCCUUUACCAGUCUCUCCUUUGGACAUCUACUCCGACGAGGCUUCCGCCGAGAAGAAGAGAUACUAA